AUGUCACGCUUAGCACAGGUACUCCUCGCAGCUGGGGCAGCUCUUGUUGGCCUCACCUCUGCAGAAUGCAAUCUCACUCCCAAGUUCAACAUCUCUACCAUUGAUGGCGUGGAGUUCAAACUCCUGCGUACCGGUCUGCAGCGACCUCGACACCUUGUUGUCGACACCGAGGGUAACCUUCUGAUCGCUGAGGGUGGCAACAAGGGUGUAAGAAGGGUUGUCCUCGAUGAUGGCAAAGACCUCGAUGUUUGCAUUGACUCUGACAAAGCCGUGAUUGCUGAGACGAGUGUGAGCCUCAACCAUGGUAUUGCCCUUACAGCCGAUGGUAAAACCAUUCUUGUUUCUAGCGCUAGCGAGGUAUACGCCUAUGAGUACGAUGCCUCCACAGGCAGCGUCGGCUCUCGCCGAACUGUUAUCACGGGUAUGGAUGGAUCUGCAACUCACUCCACCCGCACCCUGACGAUCCCUCUUGCUGGCAAUCCUAACUUGCUGCUCGUGGCUGGCGGGUCAGAUGGUAAUCUGGACACCGAAACUGUGAACAAGGAUGUUGUUCGUAGUCAGGUCAGAGUCUUCAAGAUUGAUGAGAUGUUGGCGGCGGAUGCACCACUAGAGUAUGGCGACGCGUCGCUAUUUGGUUGGGGUCUUCGUAACAGCGUUGGUUGGGCAGAGGACCCUGCUACAGGACAUAUCUGGUCUGUUGAGAACUCAGUCGACAAUCUUUACCGUGGUGACGUCGAUAUCCACAACACUAAUCCUGGCGAGGAACUAAACUUCCAUGGUUCUCCUGAUGACACCUCCAGCUCCCAGUACGGUGCCAACUACGGGUAUCCUGGAUGCUUCUCUAUCUACGAUACCUCCAAUAUUAAGGACUACCCAGGCGGAGCAAAGAUUGGCCAGCAGAUGGCCGCUACGCCGCAGGGAGAGACGGAUUUGGGAUUCACAGAUGAGGAGUGCCAAGAGAAGAAAGCGCCUAGGAUUACCUUCGGUUCUCACCUCGCGCCAUUGGACGUCAAGUUUCUUGAUGGUAGCGCCGCAUAUAUUGCAUUCCAUGGAAGCUGGAACCGCAAUCCUGGUGAUGGCUACCGUGUCAGCAAGGUGGACUUUGCCGACGGUGAACCUGUUUCAGCAUCUGAUGACUCCAAGGCUGAAGUGCCAAUAAUGUGGAACGACGACAAUACCAAGUGUCCUUCAGGCUGUUUUAGGCCGGCAGGCUUGGCGUUUGACAAGGCGGGAAGGUUGUUUAUGACCAGUGAUUCGACGGGAGAGCUAUAUGUUCUAACCGGUGUUUAA